AUGGACGAUGACGAUGGCGCCGACGAGCGCUACAUCGAGCUCGAAACCCUCGAGGCCAUCUUCCCCGAAAUUCAGAAACACACGCCCGUCCCCGCCACGCCGACGAGCCUCGAGUUCUCUCUCGAGCUCCCCGUCCAUCCCGCCAACCCCGUCACCGUCCUCUUCCCCGCCGCCUCGGACCCGGCCAACCCUCUCACCACCCAGGAUGCCACCACCUCCGCCGCCACUUCUGCGACCGCCCAGACCGGCGACGGCCCCGUCGACUCGCACGAGCUCGUCCAUCUGCCCGCCGUCCUCCUGCGCAUCGCCCUGCCGCCGGGCUACCCCGCCGAGCAGCCCCCCGCCGUCGCCAUCACCACGACGCCGCCCUGGCUGACACCGGAGACGGUCGAGAAGCUCGAGCGCGACGGGCCCCGUAUGUGGGCCGACGCCGGCCGCAACCUUGUCGCCUUUGACUACAUCGACCACGUUCAGCAGGCCGCUGACGCUGUCUUCCACAUGAUUGACGCCGCCGGCACGCUCCGCAUCGACCCCUCGCACAAGCUCGCCAUUCUCGACUACGACAUUCAGGCCCGCCGCGCCGCCUUCGCGCGCGAGACGUUCGACUGCGGCAUCUGUCUCGUACUCUUCUUGGGGUAG